GCUCAAUCAACAUUUACAACAGCUAUGUCCCCUAUGACCACGACCACAUUUGAAUCAUUUACAAGUGAAAGAAGUUCAACACUGGAAACUACAUCAUCCUCAACAGGAACGUCUCCAUCUUCACAGUCUACUGCAACAGAUGGACAAAGUACAUCAGAAUUGAUUUCAUCAACAACAGAAAUGCCUACUUCUAGUGAAGAGCAAACAAUAAGCCAGGAGACACAAACCUCUUUGUUUACGUCUACAACAGAAACAGAACCUACAACGACAGCUCAAUCAACAUUUACAUCAGCUGUGUCCCCUACGAGUAUGUCCACAUUAGAAUCCUCUACAGGUGAAAGUGGAUCAACAACGGAAACUACAUCAUCCUCGAUAAGUACCUCUCCAUCUUCAAUGUCUAUUACGACAGAAGGACAGAGAACAUCAGAACUCACUUCAUCAACAACAGAAAUAUUUUCAUCUGCUGUAGGAGAAACAUCUAGCCAGCUGACACAAGCCACUCAGUUUACUUCUACCACAGAAUCAGAACUUAAAACAGAAGCUAUAUCAGUAUUUACAACAGCUAUGACCCCUAUGAGCACAUCCACAUUAGAAUAUUCUACAACUGAAAGUGUAUCAACUGCAGAAACUACAUUGUCCACAACAGUUUCCUCUCCAUUUUCACCAUCUACAAUAACAGACGGACAAAGCGCAUCAGGAUUCACUUUAUCAAUACAUACAUUGUCAUCUAGUGUAGAACGAACAAGCCAGCAAACACAAACCACUCAGUUUCCUUCUACCACAGAAACAGAAUCCAUGAGCAUGUCCACUUUAGAAUCGUCUACACUUGAAAGUGGUUCAACAAGUACCUCUUCAGCUUCACCACUACCAUUGUCUACCACAGAAGGACAAACCAUAUCAACAUUUACCUCAUCUAUAACAGAAAUAUUGUCAUCUAGUAUAGAACAAUCAACAAGCCAGCCGACACAAACCGCUCUGUCACCCAUGAGCACCACAUUACUAUCAUCUACACUUGAAAGUAGUUCAAUACUGGAAACUACAUUACCCACAAUAGGUUCAACUCCAUCUUCACUAUUUACUACAAUAGAAGGACAAACGUCUCCUAAUCCUCAAACAAUAACCCCAGCUGAUACAGCCCAAACAUUUAGCAUUCCUACAUCAUCCCAGUCGAGCACAUCUGCUGAAACUAGUACCCAGAAAACUUCAUCAGUAUCAACAGAACUCCAUUCAUCCCCAACAACAGUAAACACAGUUUCAACAACUCAAAACUGUCUGGAGAAUUGUCAGUGUAAUGGGUCCCCAUGCAUCUUCAAUGUAACAUCUGGGAAAUGUCAGUGUCAGUGCAAUUCUUUCACUUUUGGAGAGUAUUGCAAUUUUGCAAGUGACUCUUCUGCUAUUACCUGGUCUGAAAGCACACCCACAAGGAAUGCAAGCAUCUCUCUCAGAAUUAUGAUGGACUAUCUUCCUGAGUAUGAAAAUAUGGACUCUCCAGAAUCAAAAAAACUUAUUUCCAUCUUAAAUCGUGAGAUUUCAAUCCUUUGUAAAAGGGCAGAUGCACAAAAUUUCAAAAAUGUGCACAUACAUAGGCUUAUGCAAGGAAGCGUCGUUGCUGAAAGUACUGCAGUAUAUAACUAUCCCAACAACAACUCGCAAAUAAUGUUUCUAAAUAAUGAUUUGGGACCCACCCUGGAAAAAAUCUUUAACGACUCAGAUUCAUUUAAAAAUCUCAGUAUAGAUCUCGGUAAUGUUGCCAUCCAAAGUGACCAAAUUACCAUGGAGCCAGUUAAAAUAUCAAACAUUUCAGAUCUGCAGUCAUUUGUGCAAUGCACAGUGAAUUUUGCAAACUUAACAGUAGAGAUUGAAGAUGGAGCAUGGGUAUGUGUGGGACCAUGUAAAAAAAAUCCAGAAUUCUGCAAUCAACGAGGUGAAUGCCUAAAUGAAAUAAAUGGACCACAGUGCAUGUGUUACAGUACUCCCUUUGAGGAGUACUAUGGAGCUCAGUGUGAGCUUUACAAAAGAGGGGCCGGUUUUUACGCUGUUCUCUUCGGCUGUUUAGCAGCUUUUGCUGUAUUUAUCAUUGUCUUGGCUGUGAUGAUUGUGGUGCUCUACAGAGCCAAGAGCAGAAAAUCAAGCAAAAGGAGGUUAUCACUUUUUGGUGAUGUCUUUUUUGAUUUUACAUCAAGAGGAUCCAUGGACAGAGGUUAUGGGCAUCAAAAUUUUUCAUUCUCAGAAUAUUCAGGACCUGGGUCUUUCAGCUCAUAACAUGAAAAUACACCUGUACGAUAAAGACCAGAGCAACUGAAGUGGUGGAUGUCUGAUGAACAGAAAAGACAGAUUUUAUUUAAAAUAUUUUUAAAAGAAUUCAGACAUUAUAAUCUCAGGAAACCAACAUAAUUAUACAUAUAUUUACUGGGUUGAUUUCAGAUUAUUUCAAUGAAAUUGAUUAUCAAGUAUCUCAGUGUAGAUAAUUUAUAUUGUGUAGAAUAUUUACAUAGCAUAAGAACAAUGUAUAAAGCAUCUCUAUAAAACUCAGUUAUCUAUGAUACCAAACACUCCACAGCAUAUGCAUAAAUCAAUAAUAAACCUAUUAAAUAUGUAGGGGUUGUUAAAAUAUGGUCCACUGCAUUACACAAGUGCUCACCUGAAGUGCGGCCACUGACACAAUCACAAAACACAGCCAAUCGGAACAAAUCUCUCUCUCAGGUUUUGGCACCCUGUUUCACACGUAGGCCUAUCUUAUAUUUUUUUAAUUCCUGUGAUGCUUCACUAGAGGGUCUAGUUUUUAUGGUUAAUGGUUUGUCAUGUAAAAUCUGCUUUUACACCUUCACUCUCUCUACAUCCAUAUUUGAUAAUUAAUAUACAUUAGAAGCUGUACUUCGGUCCAAUAGCUGACGUUGUGGGCGGGGCUUCCUGCUCAAUGCCACAUAAACGGUUUUCCAAAGCGACUUACAAUAUAGGAACAUAAGCAACAAUAUCUGUAUAAAAUGCUAGGAACAUUAGUAAAUAAAGACAUCAGAGGAGAAAUGCAAAGAGGUGUCAAAGGGUGUCAUAAAUAAUCACAUUUCUUAUUCAAAUUUCUGAUCUAUUUACAGUGCUACCACAUUAACCAGCUGCAGAACAGUCAGUUAUGUUUGUUUUUGUUGGCACUGUACAUUUACUGAGUAUGCUAUUUCUGUGUUUUUUGGUUAUGGUAGCAGGGUAUUUAUAGAGAAAAUAACUAUGCUGAAUAUAUAGUAUUUUUGCAAA